UCCCUCCCUUCCAUUCUCACAAAUCACUCAAGUCGGUGAAUAUAUCCAACACCCACUUUCAUCCUUAACGUGGAACUAGAACUCACCCACUCCUAGUGAUUGGUCCAAAGUCACCCAGCUGGCAUUCAACCCUAAGGGGGGGGGAAACUAGAACUCUCAAGUCUAGCCUUGGGUGGGUUGGCCUUCUCUGGUCCACCAUGUCAUUCUUGAAGAAGGCCCUACCUCAAGGUGGCAUUCCGUGGAGCGAGACGUUGGUCUACAAGACCUCAAGGGAGGGUUGGUCUAGUCUAACCUUCUUGGGUUGGCCUUCUAUGGUCUAUCCCCAUGUCUUGAAGAAGGCCCUACUUCAAGGUGGCAUUCUGUGGAGCGAGACGUUGGUCUACAAGACCUCAAGGGAGGGAUGGUCUAGUCUAACCUUCUUGGGUUGGCCUUCUAUGGUCUAUCCCCAUGUCUUGAAGAAGGCCCUACCUCAAGGUGGCAUUCCGUGGAGCGAGACGUUGGUCUACAAGACCUCAAGGGAGGGAUGGUCUAGUCUAACCUUCUUGGGUUGGCCUUCUAUGGUCUAUCCCCAUGUCUUGAAGAAGGCCCUACUUCAAGGUGGCAUUCUGUGGAGCGAGACGUUGGUCUACAAGACCUCAAGGGAGGGAUGGUCUAGUCUAACCUUCUUGGGUUGGCCUUCUAUGGUCUAUCCCCAUGUCUUGAAGAAGGCCCUACUUCAAGGUGGCAUUCUGUGGAGCGAGACGUUGGUCUACAAGACCUCAAGGGAGGGUUGGCCUUCUAUGGUCUAUCCCCAGGUCUUGAAGAUGGCCCUACCUCAAGGUGGCAUUCUGUGGAGCGAGACGUUGGUCUACAAGACCUCAAGGGAGGGUUGGUCUAGUCUAACCUUCUUGGGUUGGCCUUCUAUGGUCUAUCCCCAGGUCUUGAAGAAGGCCCUACUUCAAGGUGGCAUUCUGUGGAGCGAGACGUUGGUCUACAAGACCUCAAGGGAGGGUUGGCCUUCUAUGGUCUAUCCCCAGGUCUUGAAGAUGGCCCUACCUCAAGGUGGCAUUCUGUGGAGCGAGACGUUGGUCUACAAGACCUCAAGGGAGGGUUGGUCUAGUCUAACCUUCUUGGGUUGGCCUUCUAUGGUCUAUCCCCAGGUCUUGAAGAAGACCCUACCUCAAGGUGGCAUUCCGUGGAGCAAGGAGUUGGUCUACAGGACCUCACGGGAGGGUUAAUGAAGUCUAGCCUUCUUGGGUUGGCCUUGUAUGGUCCACCAUGACUUGAAGGCGGCCCUACCUCAAGGUGGCA